AUGAAGCCUUCCGCCAUUCUAUCUCUUGGAGCUCUACUCCUUGGCGUUUCCACUCCUGUCGAGGCAUCUGAGUGCAAGGUCCCUCCAUGCGGCCGCUUCGAGAACAGCACGCCCUGGACAGCCAAAUGGGCUGACCUCGGAAAGAAAGAUCACCUCUGUCAACUCAAGACUGUCGCCAAGCCAGUCAAGUGCCACCAAUACAGCUUGGGGCCUAACUCCUCUCGCGGCGGCUACUUCCACAAGCCUCGCACUGAUGUCGAUGCCUUCUGCUUCGCCGAUCGAACAUACUAUGUCAAGUUUGGACCAAGGGGCAGCGAGCAGGCUAUCAAGAAGGGCGUUUGGAUCAAGAUCAACUCGGCUCAGACUGCCAAGUGUGUUGCGAAGAAUGGAGUGCCACACUGUACGGUCAACUGA